AUGGAUAUUUAUGAUGAAGACAGAGAAAUGACACCAACUAUUGAUAUAGAAAAUGAAGAAGUGGACGAUGAUGACAUAGGCUUGAAAGCGAAUUCAAAUAAAGAAGUGAUCAUUGACCAACCUCUUAGCAACGGACAAAUACCAUAUUCUUUUAUUAUAAUACCAUUACCUACUACAUGA